AUGGAGCCCGUUCGGCGAAAUGUCGUGCUCGUCGAUGCAUUUGGCUCGCUAACGGCCGAUGGCGAGCGUCUCUUGGAGCAGGAACUGGACCAAGAGCGACUCGCGAUUGUCUCGUUUCUAGGCCCGCCAUCGACUUGCGCCGUGCGGUGCAAAUUAAUCGCCAAACUGCUGGAUCCCGACGAUAAAUUGCUGGAUUCCGACGAUAAAUUGCGGGAUUUUGACGACAAAUUGCGGGAUAUUGACGAUAAAUUGCUGGAUAGUGACGAUAAACAGCUGGAUAGUGACGAUCAACAGCUGGAAAUUACAGGAAAUGUCGGAGUCUCAAGUGACGGCGAUGGGCUCGUGCUGCUGGCGAGUGUCACGUGCAUUGAACGUGAUUUUCAAGUGCUGAUACUGAGUUUCAACGUGCUGGAGAUUGAUGCGGACUUUGGACCACUCACUGGCGCGUUCUGUGCUCUGUCGUCGCUCGUUGUGUCGUGCUAUGACGAGUCCGUGUCGAUGCAGUGCCUCGCUCCGUUUCUGCCUCCGUUCCAGUCACUUUUCCAGACUCUGGUCAAGGACUUUACGACAGUGGAAGUGUCUGAGAUACUGCCCAAGAUGCUGCACAUUGACCUAUCUCCUAGUCACUCGCUCGCAGCAGAAGAGGAGGAGAGCUUGGAUAGUGUUGAAGCACUUGCGAGUCUUGUUCGGCUAAAGAGAGUCGGGGUAUUGUAUCCUCAAAGCAUUGCAGAGAUGGACUUCGACGAGUUUUGUAACUCAUACGUUGCGGUGAAGAAGUUGUUUGGGCUAGAUCUGACGGGGGAGAUGCUGGCUUCCCUACUUUGCAAGCUGUCAGUUCAGGUGUCUGGUCAAGAUCCUAUCGACUUUGGAACUGCCUGGGACGACUUUGUGGAAGAAAAGUGUCGGGAUGUGGCGAAGGAUGCACUAAGGACUUAUGAGGAUUGCGUGCGCCCGUGCGUGUUAGAGCAUCCGCCCAUGGAGCUAAACGCGUUCAAGCAAUUGCAUGACGAGAUUUGGCGUCUGAGUAUGGACGUUUACUGUUCUGCUAGCAAGUAUAAAUCCGCAAGGCAUCGUCAAGUGCGCCACAAGCUUAAGAAUGACAUUCACACGUGCUACGAGACCGAAUUAGGUGUCCUCACCGAGAAGUCGCGGGAAUUUUGCGAAGAGGUCCGACAGACUCUCUGGACAGAGCUCUUUGCCCAUGCGCGAGAUAGCGAAUCGUUUCCCGCCAUGUUAGCUGCAAUUCAAGACUUUGACAAGCAGUAUGAUGAGAGGGCACGAGGUCCAGAAAAAGCUUCUGUGUUACGCGACUUCUACCAGCAGGAGGUAAUUCAGGCCUUUCAAGAGCUUGAAGUUGUCGUGACGCGGCAGCUCAGUGAGUCCCGUCUGAAAGGGUUGCGGCUACAGCUCGAACAGGAUUUCACAGACAAGAAGGAGGCUCUUGUGGAGCACUUUAGGAAAGAGGAAGCACAGUUGCGCGUGCGAGUGGCGCAAGAUAUGGAGACGAUGCAAAAGAUGUGCGAAGCCAAGACGGCUCGUGUCAACAUCGGUGGGAGUGAGGUCAAGCAGCUUCGAGACGAGGUGAACGAGAUGAAACGUCAGAAUGCUGAGCUUCAGGAAAAGGCGAUUGUACUGGAACAUGCCCGGCAGGAUGCAAUAACCCAAAAGGAAGUGUUUGCGACGACUGUGGGUGACCUGAAAGAUGCAGUACAUCGCGAGAUGGCAAAUCGUACCGAGCUCGUAGAAACACUCGCAUCGACAGUCAAGAGUGCUGAAGAAAACGAAAAGAUGCUGAAUGAGAAGAUAGCGGAGCUUCAGGUUGAACUUGGAGAGAAGACGUUUCGCGUCGAGGGUGAGCUGCACGACAUGACGCAACAGGUUCGCAAGACCAGUGAGGAAAAAGAUGAGCUUCAAAAGAAGCUUACCGAUAUUUUCUUAAAGGUGACAGCGCUACCCGAGGCUCUACAACAGCAUCUUUUCAGCAUGGAUAACGAUAGCCGGGCUGACUUUGCAGACGUCCUGGCAACCUACAUGAGCCAAUAG